GAAGGGGGAGGGGGGGCUGAACCUCACUCAGAGCCCUGUCUGUCCCGUGAAGAAAAACACUACAGGGAGGCGAUCAACUACUGGAAGCGGUCAAGAUAUCUGCUCCAUAUCAACCCUGAAUAAUUCAAAGAUAUCUCCUACGAUGGAAGACGGCAGGGAAACAGCUGCGAUGAGAGAGCAAAAACGGAAAGAUCGACAAAUAGGCUCCAAAUUGAUCUCGCAAAACGAUGAAGAUCGGCAGUGUCACACAGUUGAUGAUACUAAAGCCUUGGAGAAUACGGACAGUGACAUUGGCUUGUGUGGUUGGAUCCUGGUGAUUUUCUCCAUUCUGCUCACGUUGCUCACCCUGCCUCUCUCCAUAUGGAUGUGCAUUAAGAUAGUGAAGGAAUAUGAAAGGGCAAUUAUCUUUCGCCUGGGACGCAUUUUACGAGGAGGAGCCAAAGGACCAGGUCUUUUCUUCAUCUUGCCGUGCACAGACAGCUUUAUCAAUGUGGAUAUGCGCACCAUCACCUUUGAUAUCCCCCCUCAGGAGGUGCUGACAAAGGACUCCGUGACCGUGAGUGUAGAUGGUGUGGUCUACUACCGUGUGCAAAAUGCAACGCUGGCAGUAGCCAACAUCACCAAUGCUGAUGCAGCCACUCGUCUGUUGGCACAGACCACUCUGAGGAACGUGCUGGGUACAAAGAACCUGGCAGAGAUCCUGUCUGACCGGGAAGAAAUUGCCCACAGUAUGCAGUCCACACUAGAUGAUGCCACAGAUGACUGGGGUAUUAAAGUAGAACGUGUGGAGAUUAAGGACGUCAAACUGCCCCUUCAGCUCCAAAGGGCCAUGGCAGCAGAGGCUGAAGCAACCAGAGAGGCCAGAGCUAAGGUGAUAGCCGCUGAGGGAGAAAUGAACGCGUCACGAGCACUGAAGGAGGCAUCUCUGGUGAUCGCAGAGUCGCCUUCUGCUUUGCAGCUGCGCUACCUUCAGACCCUCAACACCAUCGCAGCGGAGAAGAACUCCACCAUCAUUUUCCCGCUGCCUAUUGACAUGAUGCAGUCCUUUGUGAAGCACUGAACUAAGAGCCACAUAAAGCCACCCCCCCCCCCCACAUACACACACACAUACAAGACGCAUCCAUGCAGAGAUGAACAGACUGAUGUUAUAUAACAAGCACUCAUGUGAGUAUAAUGUACAGCCGGGUCCAGACGUCUGAGUCCACACUGAAUUCUGGUGUUCAAUUUUGAAAACUCAAAAACUAAGAAGCAUCAUAACGUGAAGUGAAGAAGAAAUACGUGAGGUUGUAUUUGUCCCUUAUCAAAUAAGUGAAAAUUGUUCGUUUUAAUAGGUGAAGACGUAACUACGGAUAGCCAGAUGUUCAAAAUGCGUGUGGGAUCAUAUCAUAUAAUUUCAUAGAACGUGUUUAUCAAGCUUUACACAAAUUUGUUGAAAUACAGAUGAAUUCGGUAUCAAAUUGUUAUUCUGAUAAUGUGCUGUAUUAGGAAAAUGAAAGAUGGAAACAAUUUCGCUAGCGGUCUCAUUUUUGGACCCUGCUGUACACUGAUGCAUGAUCUGUAGAUGUUCCUAGUAAAGACAUGUUCACUCAGUUUGAUGGAAAUACAAACAAUAUGAAAGUUAAAAAAAUAUAUAAAUAAGGCCGUUUUUAAAGAAAUCUCAUUGUUGCUUUGUAUUAAACUUUUUAAUGCAUACCAAGUGAAUAGGCCUUACAAAUUAAAAUUGUACAAUUUCUCUGGUUGUUACAAGAAAGUGGAGAGAUACAGACUGUGGAGCUGGUUCUUUUUAGUUACUGAAUAUGUUUUAGGCACAUGUAAACUAACCUACUUGAUUACCAGACAGGUGAUAAAGCGUAUAAAGACUAUGUGAAUAGCAUCAGGUGUCAUAACAUGAAAGUGACAUCAGUGCUUAUUGUGCCUACCAGUUUUUCUCGUUUUCUUGAACCUUUAUUAACGCUGACUGUCAAUAUUAAAGCCUUAAGCCAUAUCCCUUUCAAUUAUUGAAUUAAUAUGUACAGGUUUACAUGAUGUUGGUUGAUUUUUUUUUUUUUUUUUUUUUUUUUAAACAGCAAUGAAUUUAUACAUCCAUUAAUAUUACACAUUAAUAUUUUAUUGCUUGGGACUGUUUAAGGUUAUAACUUCAUUUUGCAAUGUUUAUGUUGUCAUCAUGUAUCAGUCCAUUACAAUUCUAGAAGUAGUUGUUCAUUCUGUCAUUUAACUGAUGUAUGCCAAAUAUGACAUUGUUGCUUUGUCCAACUGACUUUUAUGUACAUUGUAAUGUUUUUGUUUGCGUAUUUCUGAUGUGUGGUUUUCCCAUUUCCUUUAGUAAAUCAUGAUGUGUAAUCUUUCUCAUGACUAAGUACAUAAACUCUUUACCUUG